AUGCCUCCUUAUGUACCGCGAAAGCGGUUGCGCGAGGAGUCGCCGGUCAAGCAGACCCCAAAACGCCAACAGGUAGCGAAAGGGCAAGGAAAGACUCCCGCCAGCUCCGGCCGCAGAAAGCCGACGUUGUACGACGAUUUAGAUGCUACCACCACGUCUGAGUCAUCCAAGGUCGGCCGCGCUGCGCUUGAUACCAUCAGCGACAGUGACGAGACCAGUUCCUUGAGCGAUUUAUCUGACGGCGAUUUCGAGGAUGUGCCUCUUGCAAACGGUCACAAAGUGGAGGAAGUGUCUGAAGAUGACGAUAACGACGACAUCGAGUUUGAGGAUGUUCCUGCCCCGAGAGCCACCUUGGCAGUAGCGCCGACUACUUCUAAAGACCUGCAGCUCACCCUUGACGCCGGGCUUGGUACCGCGAUGACUGAUCCCUACGGCGAUAAGAAGGGACCUACGAAGCGUGAAAAGAAGGUUCGCAAUUUGACGCACUGCAUUCACGUCCAGUACCUUCUGUGGCACAAUGCCAUUAGGAACUCAUGGAUAUCCGACCAGGAAGUCCAGGCGAUCAUGAUGUCUCAUGUUCCGCCUCGUCUGUGGGAAGAAGUAGAGCGAUGGAGAAGGACCAGCGGCUUAGUCACCAGGCCAAAGCAAACACCGACGAAGGUGGCCAAACCAGCGAAGAAGACCAGAGGAAAGGGCAAAGGAAAGAAGACCGAAAACGACGACUCUCGGGAUUGGGGCGCUGCCGCUGAAAGGCUGGAGGCAGGUGCUGUCGACAUGAGCCACGGCGAUCCACUGUUCAGACUUAUGAGGGCUCUCGCGGCGUGGUGGAGGCAACGCUUCCGCGUCACGGCACCCGGGAUCCGAAAGUGGGGAUACAUGCCGCCUGAACGACUUGGUCGGUUACGAAAAGCCUGGGAGAAGGAAGGGAAAGAUGACGAAAAGUUUGGAGAGCGGAUUAAUGGACUUGAAGGGUUUCGGAAAUGCGCUCAGGACUGCACAGGAAGCCGAGAUGUGGGAUCGCAACUUUUCACCGCGCUUUUGAGGGCCUUGGGGUUGCAGGCACGGAUGGUCGCGAAUCUCCAGCCAGUUGGCUUCGGCUGGACGAAGUUGGAGGAGGCAGAUCCUGAGACGGAACAGACCGCAACUUCGGCACCAAAAAGCAGUGACGAAGCGAGUGAGGCAGCAGAUGGCACACGCGGUAAAGCGAAAAAGGGGGCGAAGACGACGACUAAGAAUAUUCCGGUGAAGAAGACAUCGAAGCAGGCACCAAAAACAACCUCUGGACGAAAAACUGGAGCGAGACAAGCCAGUAGCAAGAACGCCGUCAUUGAGAUAGAUGACUCGGAUGAUGAGCUUGGCUUGGAGCAUCCGGAUAGCGAUGACGCGUCGGUCGUAGAGUUGGCAGUGACCCCACGAAAGUCAGCCCCGAGGUCGAAAAAGUUUGACAAGGACUUGGAAUUUCCACAUUAUUGGACGGAAGUGCUUUCGCCGGUGACGAAGAAAUAUCUGCCAGCGGAUCCAAUCGUCAAGAACAUUGUCGGUACUAAUCGAGAACUGGUAGAGUCUCUGGAGCCGCGUGGAGGAAAGGCAGAGAAAGCGAAACAAGUCAUGGCAUAUGUUGUUGGAUUCUCUCCGGAUGGCACAGCCAAGGACGUAACGGUUCGUUAUUUGCGAAAGCAACUGUGGCCAGGUCGUACAAAAGGGGCGAGAAUGCCACUGGAAAAGGUACCGAUUUACAACAGGCACGGGAAGGUAAAACGAUACGACCAAUUCGACUGGUUCAAGUCAGCUACGAAGGGCUAUGUCAAGGGCAGUCAAAAGCAUCCGCUCACCGAGGAGGACGACGUUGAGGACUCGACAGAUCUUAAACCCGCCCAGCCGGAGAAGAAAGAGGUCAAGGAAGGUAGCGAAACUAUGGCGUACUACAAGCAGUCUAAAGAGUUCUGUCUCGAGCGUCACAUGAAGCGCGAGGAGGCCCUGCUACCUACAGCAAAGCCAGUCAAGACUUUUCUCCACAAGGGGAAGGGCGGAGAAUUCUCUCCAGAACCGGUCUACUCGAGGAAGGACGUGGUCAACGUCAAGAGCGCAGAGACAUGGCACAAGCAAGGCAGGGCACCCAAACCUGGCGAGAUGCCCCUGAAGAGGGUGCCAUAUCGCGCGGCUACGACCAACAGGAGACGAGAGAUCGCCGAGGCCGAGGCUGCGAGCGGCGAAAAGGUUCUUCAAGGAUUGUACAGCUUUGAGCAAACGGACUGGAUUAUUCCGCCGCCUAUAACAGAUGGAGUCAUCCCGAAGAACAAUUACGGGUAUGUCUGCGUGCUCAUUGAAUGGAUUCAAAUGCUAACACAUCCCAGUAACAUCGAUCUCUUUGCCGAGCACAUGUGUCCCGAAGGCGCCGCACACGUCCCGUUCCGAGGAGCCGUCAAGGUCUGUAAGAGGCUCGGGAUCGACUACGCCGAAGCCGUUGUGGGCUUUGAGUUUGGCAAUCGAAUGGCCGUCCCCGUCAUUCAAGGCGUUGUCAUCGCCGAGGAGUAUCACGACCAGGUUAUGGAAGAAAUUCGCAAAGACGAGGCAGAGAGAGCGCGCAAAGAGGACGAGAAGCGCCGCAAAGCAGCGCUGAGUAUGUGGAGCAAGUUCUUGAAAGGUCUCAGGAUCGUGGAGCGUAUUCGCCAGGACUAUGGUCAUGUCGACGACAGUGUUCCUGUUUUCCAGAAACACGGGGCGGCCAAGGCUACCAAAGAUGCUCACGCCGAGGAAGAAGGAGACAAGAACCAGGUGGACGCCGAAGCUAUGCAGAUGAGAGAAGAAGAGAUGGCAGGCGGCUUCUUCCCCGAAGGGCACGACGAAGAAGAGGUUGAACAACCCAAGAGGUUUACCUCUGGCUUCUUCCCAGUGGUGGAUGAAAACGACGAAGAUGAAGACAUGGAUGACGCCCUGCAAGUGGAUCACGGCCAUGAUCAGAAACCGCAUGCUGGCAACGGCUCGGAUGGCGCGGAAGACGCGGAAAAUGCAGAGGAUCAGAUGGAAGGCUCACCCGAACCCGAGCCUCUUCCUGCACCAGUGAAAGCCAGACCGAAGCCCAAGAAGAAGGCAGUGGCGAGGCGAUCAUCUAGGCGGCGGCGAAGGCCCGUAUCUGAGAGUGAAGAUGAGGAUGAGGACGACGAUGACGAUUUCGUGGCCUCGGACGAUGACUACGAGUAG